CCAGCCUUACCCGGACAGAAUUUUCCAAAUCUUUACGCAGUUUCUUUUUGUUUCGCCCGCUUUGUUGCAAUUGCUCGUAGAAGUUUCUAAACGAGGCCUGUGUGGUGGUUUUGAAGUCUGGGGAUUGGUGGAGUAUGUUUGAGGGUGUUUGGAGUGGCUGUCGAGGUGUUAUGGAGGGGAAUGUUCUAUAAAUACAAGCCGGGGAGGACAUGCGCGUAACACCGCUGUCUCGUCCCUUCUUCCCCCCUCCGUACGAUGUUAUAGUGUCACGGGACGACACUCCUCGAUGCAGCGUCUCCAAGAUGCUUGAUUGCUAAUACAACACCCAAUUUACCCAUUGUUAAGUUUAAUAUAACGUGUUAAUGACGGCAGAGAGAGGCCAAGGUUGUCCCUGUAUCCGGAGCAGGCGCGCGCUGGUCUACGUCAAGCCACGGAGGAAUGGCGGCUGCUUCACUGCGCAUGCCUGUCGCGCCUAUAACGAAAUGGAGCGCUGUGUAACAUUCGCUAGUGAUCGCUCUACCGACCAAUCAGCAUUAAGCUUUCAAGUUGGAUUCGCGCACGGGGGCCCGCAAACAACAACGGCCGAGGGAGCAGCCAGUCACCGUUGGCCUGCCUGCCUUGCUAGUGAACGUGUGUUAAGGUUAUUAGGACAUCUAAUUUUCAUCCGUGGGUGAUCGCCGCCUGCUUCCAAGGUUUACGGGUGCUUAUCGAUCCUCCUUCAGCGUGCUUCGACCCGCCACCUCCCGUCUGCUGUUACUCAUCCCAUCACCUCGUCACUCAUCCCCUUGCCAUCAUGUCAGGGAGAUCGAGUACUGUGCAGAAGGUCAAGGCCAAGCUCGAGGCUGCUGAAUCAGUUGACAUUAGCGAUGAGAUUGACAUACAGAACGAGUGUGACAUGCUUGACGGCCAGGAAACUAUCGAUUCGGAGGAACACGUAAUUACCGAGACUCAAGACGAAGGGGAGGAGGUGGCGGAGAACGGACCCCCCGCUGAGAGCAUCAAGGUGGUCAGCGGCGGGGGCGGGGGCAGGCGCAGACGGAGGAAGCAGAGACUGUGCAAGACCGGCAACACCACCGCCGCGGCACCCAAAGUCGUGAAUGAAAACAUAAUCGAGAUGGAGAAGACGGAAGACGAUGACCAGGAGGAAUCUUGCUUCAAAAUAGAUAAGGUGUACAGUGUGGCGGGAGAGCAGGACGACUUGGAGGGCUACGAGGUCAACAAGACACAGACAGCUGACGAGGAAGCGGUCGUUGCCAGUGACGGCGUGAAGGAGGCACCAGAAGAAGAAACAACAGCAACAGAGAAGGUGACGAGCGCUGAGAAAACACCUGACGGGAAGGAGAAGGAUGAGAGCAAGGAGGUGCAAGAGGAUGCCAAGGGUAAAGAGGAGAAGCAAAUACAGAUUCGUCCCCAGCGGGCCACACUAGCCAAGGUACCCACACUGGCGGCUGCAGGCGGUGGCGUGGGUAGCGUCCGGGUGCUGGGGGGCGGGGUGCGCGGUACCAACAUGCCUCUCAUCGUCAGCAUGGGCGCCGGCAACCCUGGCAUACCGCUCCUCCCAGCUGGUCUGCCUCCUGGGCGUUAUGUCAUCCUGCCGGGGGGCUCCUCCACCACCACCAAGGCGUCCACGGUCACCACCAUGUCCAGCGUCCUGACACCGCGCAUUGCCACCAGCGUUGCCACCAGCGGGUCUCAUAGCCUUGUUGCGGCGCAGAAAACACUCGCCGCUGCUGCCACUCAACUCGUCCCCGCUGUCACCCCCCAGCCGGCGGUAGGGGAGCGAAUUUACACACGUGAGCGCGGCCGGCGUAAGUCCUACACGGCUGGGGAGAAAUUGGCCAUGAUCCGGGCGGUGGAGGGCGGCCAGAGGAAGAGUGCCGUGGCGGACCGCUUCGGCGUGGCGCCCUCCACCCUGGCAAGCAUCCUGGCGCAGAAACACAAGAUUAGGUCCGAGCAGGACAACCUGACACGGCGGCGAGUUCGUAGAUACCACCUGAAGGACGAGACAUCGGGUUCUCGGUCCAGGGGCUCCAGCGGGUCCAGCAUGCGUCUGAGCCCCUCCAGCGACCAGCCCUUCACGCACUUCCUCGCCACCCUCUCCGCGCCCGCCCCCAACCUGCUGGACACCCAACCUGAAGACAUCGUGGCAGUUCCUGACUUAAUGGAACGCUUGACGGGCGGUAGCACAGCAGGAGGCGAGGCGUGCAAGCAGGAGAGCGUGAGCGGCGGCGCCAGGAGCGAGGCGGAGGAGGAGGACGCCCAGGCGGAAGACAUGACGUUCCUGGAGCCGGAGUCGGUGCUGGAGUCUGCCCUCGUGCAAGAAAAAGAGCCGUACGUCCCCAAGGGCAAGAGCUACCACCAACAGCCCGCCGGUUCCAGUUCCUCGCAGGCUGCCGAUGCUGACGACCCGCUGGCCACAGACAGUCAGACGAGGACCUCACCUACCGCCAGCACCUCAGGCUUGGUUGGGCCGUACCUCUUGAAGAAGGAGACGCAUUGCUCGACGGUGCUGGACCAGUUGAUGCGAGACGAGACCUUCACGGAUGUCACACUCACGGCUGAGGGCCAGAGUCUGAGGGCACACAGAAUUGUGUUGUGCCUGGCCAGCCCGUACUUCAGGCAGGUCUUGAGUCGUGACAUAUCGGUGCAGAGCGUCGUGGUCCUGCGAGACAUUAAGUUCGCCGAGCUGCGCAACAUCAUCCACUUCAUAUACACGGGUGAGGCCACGGUGGAUGCCUCGGAGCUUGAGUCGUUCAUGAGGACGGCGGAGCUACUGGAGAUCGCGUCGCUGUGUGAGGGCCACAAGUGCACGUCCAGCCGAGGGAACGUGACGCAGAACUCCUACAGCUCCGGCUUCACCAUCGGGGACUUUGAGCGGCUGGUGGGGACGAAGAGAACCAAGAAGGAACCGUCGCCGCCCCCGAGCAAAGUGCGAAGGCUCUCUGGUGAAGGUCAUUCCUCAAGGUCGUCCUCCACUGAGCCCACAGCCACCCUGAACCCCUUGUCCCUCAUAAAGGAAGAACCCGACUGCGACAACACCCUCUUCAACGACAAGCCAAUCAAAGGAAUAAAUGACAACUCGGACCCACUACUGGAAGAGACUCAGGAAAGUGAACGAACGAGGAGAGACUCAGGGGAGAGCGUUGGCGGGUUUGCUGCCAUGGCGGGUGUGCAGAAAGACUCAAGCAUAGACGAGAGGACUGAAGACUUCUCCUCCAUAGCAGAGCCGUCGCCAGUGCCGCCAGUUGACAACACGGAGAGACAGAGCCCGAUGGAGAACCUCACGGAUACAACAGCUGUGCCGGGAAGGUGUCCGUACUGCCCACACUUACCCCAGAAGUUUGAGGAUGUGGCCAUGAUGCGGCAUCUCCUCGUGUCACAUCCCUGCAAGCCAGCGUUUCCCUGCGACAACUGCUGGAGAGUCUUCGUCAAAAGGUCCUACUUCAAGAGCCACCAACAGAAGUGUCAGCCGUCGCUCUGUUAGGUAAAGACACUUCCACAUCACACAACUAUAGACACUUAGUAUACAAGGAUGAGCACAGCGCCACCUCACUCAUCCAGACUAAUUAAUCAUGUAAGCGUGUGUGUAGGUGACUGUGUGUGUGUGUGUGUGUGUGUGUGUACAUAUGUAGGUGUUAGAUCUUACAGAAUUGCCAUUUUUUGUAGCAUCAAGUAAAGUAUGGUACUAUAAACAUCACCAUCAUUAUACUAACAUCAUACACACUUCAUGGUAUGGGAAGGCUCUACUUUUUCACAUCUCGGAGGACAGAAGGCGAUGAAUAACACUAGUCAGAUGGGGUGUACUUACUUCCCUGUGUUUCCUCAAAUGUUCAAACUUUCGCUGCAUAAUGUUUGUGGCGUCGGCAUUGUUUUGAGGCAACACAGCUGGAGUGAGACGUGUUGUAGCCAUUGUGUGCUCUUAACUCGGUAGCUGCGGGGAUUAUGUUUCUCAAAGGUCCCUCUGAGCGAAUUAAUGAGAAAAAAUCAUCACUCACGCAAAUUAUUAUGUAAUAGAUAUCAACGCAUUUGUAAUCAGUUUAUGCAUCCUCUAUUUUUGGGGUGGUUAUGUAAAGGUUAUCUAUAGACGCCUCUGUGGUCUAGUGGUCAGCGUGCCUGGCCACUGCUCCAUGGGCCCAGGUUCGAAUCCCGGCCCGGGCAGUCGGCGUGCAGCUCACCCAGCUGUUCAUCCUCCCUUUCGGGCUGGUCAAUAAAUGGGUACCUGGGUAAACCUGGGGAAGAUAAACUGUGGUAACCCGGAUGUCACACUGGCCCUGUGUCCCGGGGUAAUGGGCACCCUCCCACCACAGGCUCAAGGGCCAAUGUCACGGAGAUGAGCACCGAGGCCACGCUCUGCUACAGCGUACGCCCCCAACUUUACCUAUGUCAAGGCAAAAAUUUGGCUUGUCGCUGGUACGCGGUAAAGCCACAAAUUUGGCCCGGCGCUGCUCCCAGGUUAAUGAACACUUGUUAGAUUAUUAUUUAUUCUUCAUUGUUUUCUGAGCCUUGUUGUGUUACACAUUCAUUUGUUUUGAAAUACCUCAUAACUUACUAGCUAUAAUUCUUGUAUUAACUUGUAUGUGUUUGGCCGUUGUGUCACAAAGGGAAUCUUGUUGUUUACUUUCAUCUUUCUUUCCUCUUCUUGGUAUUUGUGUUACAUUAAUUUUGUUUUGUUUUCUUAGCAUUCACAAGAGUUAAUAAAUGAAUGACCUUUUUUCAAUUCUUUUUUUUUUCUAAAGUUUUACCUGUGUUGCUCAGAAGGCCUAAGGGAUUUCAAAAGUAUUCAGGGUGAUUUAUUUUGUUUUAUCCUGAAGAAUCUUUUCUGACAGUUCUUUUAUUGUAAGCCUAAUUUUUUUACAAUUUUCAUAAUCUCCUAUUUGUAAGUUGAGAUUAAGUAACCUAGUUAGUAGUGUGGUAUGUGUUCUGUCUGCAUCAUUCUGCACAUGUUACCAUCACAUUUUACUGACACAUAAUCAGUUUCAAGAAAUUUCUGACCAUGUUCCUGUCAAGGCUGCCAACACUCAUGAUUGUGCUUCAUACCUUACAUGAUAACGCAUCUAAACCGUUUCAUAAUAUCAUUAAUAUAAAAACGAACACUCAAUAUUUUUUUUCUCUAAAAUCAGUAUUUCUGAUAUUACUUAAGCCUUUGUCAUCAUUAUACUAGGUCUAAAAUAAUUUCUUUUGUAUAUAUAUAUUAUAUAUAUUAUUUUUCUAAUCUGAUAUAUCAUCUUAAGCUUCACAUGAAUUCAACCUUCAUCUUUUUCCUGGGCUGAACACUUUCCACACAGUCACUGCUGUCUUAGCCAUUCAUGGACUGACACUCCUGCAGUCUGGGAACAAACAAUGAGCUGAACAUUUGGUGCAGGACUCACUUUGCAGUAUUGCUUGCAGGUACAUUUUCCACACACUCAAAGAUGUUUCCUUCACUUUUGUAAUUGAAACUGUGAGAGAAAUUUUUUGGUGCAGACCUCACCCCAACCUCCUCACAGCACCACUGCCACCCUCAUGCAUCAACAAAUAAAGAACAUUAAAAAAGCAGAAGGUAUCCAUUUGGUCGGCUUCUCUCAGCAUGUACCCUUGAAAGAAAUCAUGUGUAGGGAACUUUUCCUUUAUUAUUUCUUGUUUACAAAAGAAGCAUCAAAUGGGCCAUCAAUGAGCUGGGAACUAAACUGUCUAAUCAUCAUAUAGAAUAAUUUAGUAUCCAUGCAGCUGGUUCCUUAUAUGUACCUGGUGAACUUUUGCUCUAUUGUUAUUCUUGAAGUAAACAUUAGAGGCCGGAACUGGAAUAUCUUGUCAUGUGAUCUGUAUGUUGUCAGUGCCUGAGUGAAGGUCAGUUUGUGAAGGGCUGUGGGGUCCACCAGAAGCCCAUAUCUUCAAACAUUUCAGGGCUCUCACACCCACAUUCAGUAAGGCUUUGGUAGAGGUUGUGGGUAUGUCCAUGAGUAGUUUUAUGAGGCUUCUUCUUCUUCUUCUUCUUCUUUUUUUUUUACAGCAAAGGAGACGAUUCAAGAGGUAAAAAAAAAAAAGGAAACUAAUGAAAAAAAAAAGCCCACUACUCACUGCUCCUACAAUAGAGUCCAGAGGAGUGGCCGAAAGAUAGGUCAGUUUCGGGAGGAGAGGAGUCCCGAUACCCACCAUGUAUGUGAAAAUACUCAUGAGAACCCGACUAAUCUCCUUUGUGGCCUUUGGAAAUAGUUGUUGUGAGAGCCGAAAGCAUCUGAGGAUGUGGGAGUAAGAGCUAUUCAGAAUCCAUACAAGGAGAUUUUGUAGUCAUCAGUUCCAUACAAUUCAUACAUCUCAUAGCACCAGCCUCUGCCUUGUGUAUGCUUGCUCGUCGUCACUCGUAGGUGAUACAUGAGUUGCAUUACGCAUUAAGGAAUCACUGAGCAACAAGCCUCUUAGAAUACGUGAACAAGAUUGAUGUCCGAUGUUCUCCUCAGUUCAGGGAUGUAAUGCUUCUUUAAGGUAGCUUUGUGUUAUGUCGUAGGCCAUCCCGUCUCAUCUUCAGUAGUUUGGGUAAUUACAUGAUGGGGUAUGUUUAUCAGUUUUAUAUGCAACAUUCCAAUAACUACAUGUUUUAGGGAGGAAAAGCACUCUCAUCGUUUAACCAGAGGUGUACUAAAUUUUAAUAUGAGGGAAAAUAAGGAUGUUAAAUGAAGAAAAGCAGUACAAUUAAGAUUAAGGUGAGGGGAGCUGUGGUCUUGUGGGUUAGGGUGUCACUCCAUGGAAGUGAACCCCUGAGUAGUUUGAACCCCCCCAGUGCUGCUGUGUGACGUAAAGAAGGGCAUCCAGAUCUUUUUCACAGGAGCUGCCGUAACAAAGGCCUGACUUGUGAGAAAUCUCAAGUCACCUGUGGCAUCAAGAUGAAGAUCAGUCUUAAAACUCAGAUAUUAGUGUGAUAGUGUAGUACAGUGAGGAAAGUUAGUGUGAGCCAUUGAAAAGAAAAAUGUGUGAAUAAGCAGAAGAGAGGAUCGAGAGGAGGACCUAUGAAGCGAUAUAAAGCGACUGGUUACAAGAAUAUAACCCCAAAACAAUGACCCGAUAUGAACACAGAUGAGGUAUAGAUGAGGUGGUUUGAGUGAUGAGGUAUCCAGAGGUCUGCUAUGAGGAUGUUGAAGAGCAGGGGCUGAAUAUAGAUCAUGAUUAAGAACUGCCAAAUGAGAAUAAUGAAAAUACAAGACUGUCCAGAUAUAGUUCCUGGUAUAGUUUGAUAAGUAUAGAACGUAUUUUGGUAGUAUUUAUUUUGUACCUCAGUUUCAUUUUCCGGAGUAAUUUCAUCCUUGAAUGGGUACCAGUUGGAGUGGUGAAUACAGAACGGGUACAGAACGGGUACUAUGUUGAGUGAUGAGUACAGAAUGGGUACUAAAAAUGAAGUGAUGAAUACAGAAUGGGUACCAAAAAUAGAGUGACAGAUUCAGAAUGGGUACCAAAAAUAGAGCGACAGAUUCAGAAUGGGUACCAAAAAUAGUGACAUACAGAAUGGGUACCAAAAAUAUAGUGACAGAUACAGAAUGGGUACCCAAAAUAGUGACAGAUACAGAAUGAGUACCCCAAAAUAGAGUGACAGAUUCAGAAUGAGUACCCCAAAAUAGAGUGACAGAUACAGAAUGAGUACCCCAAAAUAGAGUGACAGAUACAGAAUGAGUACCCCAAAAUAGAGUGACAGAUACAGAAUGAAAA